CAUUAUCUUAUCGUUUUUGAAAGUGCUGCUUUCAUCAACCAGUGGAUUGGAAUAUUUUGACAGGAUACCUUCAGCGGACUAUUAUCAGCGAUCGAGCAUUUUUGAUUGCCCUCAAAGAUAUUAUCCACCGAAACAAACUCUAAAUGCAUUCGAACCAGUUAACCAUCCAGAGGUGGCAGGAGGUUUCAGGGCAUUCAAUGGAGAAUAUCAGCAUAUGACUGCGAUUGGUUGGGAUAUUGACGGAACGAUUAAAUAUUUCUGUGGAGGAACAUUGAUUCAUCCCCGAUUCGUGCUUACGGCGGCCCACUGUGUGCUACCAAUUGAAGGUAUUUUACCCAGUACGGUACGACUCGGUGACACCGACUUGGGGAGUUCGACUAAUGAUUUCGAUGCGCAGCAAAUUGGAAUCAAACACAUCAAACGCCAUCCGGAGCAUAAGUUUUCUCGAAGUUACCACGACAUCGCACUGUUGGAACUAGAGCAGCCAGUUAGAUUGAACGAGUUCGUGUGCCCAGCUUGUCUGUGGAUGGAAAAUUAUAUUCCUACCGACCAGCUGCGAAUAGUUGGUUUCGGGGAGGUAGAGCAAGCCGCCGGACUUAGUUCGACACUUCAACAGGGACGCGUAUCUUUGAUGUCCAGCGAUUCUUGCACAGAAAGGUUUCGCGAUGAUCGUAAAAUAGCCGACGGAUUGAAGGAUUCUCAAUUCUGUGCUUCACAUGCAACGAUGGAUACUUGCCAGGGAGAUUCAGGUGGUCCAAUUGAGGUGCGACGGAUCGAUAUGUCAGACUUAGAACACCCACUGGUGGUUGGUGUUACUUCCUUCGGGACGCCUUGCGUUAAUGGCUCAAUCGGAGUAUACACCAAAGUUGCACCCUACAUCGAGUGGAUUGAGAAAGAACUUAACGAAACAAUGAGCUACAAAAUGUGCACUUCAUUAUGCCCGAUGAGAAGUAGUGGCGCAAACUUUCUAGGACCAGCAACCUUCCGAGGGAUCGUUCAUUUGUUGAGGAAUAGUUCCACAGAGAGUCGAUUCAACUGCUCCGGUACAUUGAUAGAUGAUCGUUUUGUACUGACAACAGCCUCGUGUGCAACGGUUCCACAAAAUGUUAGUUUUGUGUACUUUUCCGUUAAUCAAGAGACUGUUCAAGUUGAUGAAAUUUUCGUGCAUCCUGAAUUUCAAACAAAAGGUUCAGAAAAUGAUUUGGCUCUUCUUAAGCUAAGUAGAUAUCUCCAAUCGGCUCAAGAGGUGAUAAAGCCAGCCUGUUUAUCAAAUUCGUCAUUGGAAAAGACGAGUUUGUAUUUCUUUCAUAUGAACUAUGAGUACAAACUUGCGAAUAACAAGCCCAAAAUGCUAUACUAUUCAAAAGGUGCCGAAACUAAGGCUGAAGCCUGUCAAAAGCCAAUCCCCAAAAACACCAUCUGUGCCAUGAACAAACAAAGGACUGUACCAAAUAUUUGCAAGCUCGAACACGGCGGACCAAUAAUUCAAAACGAUGCUUCGGGACCGUACAUCGUUGGAGUUGCAAACAAUCUUAAUACCGGCUGUGAUGGAACACUGUACGGAACUCUACUAGACGAGCAUAUCAAAUGGAUUGAAAGUAUCUUAAUGGGAAGGCACAUGACUGAAGCAUUUAUAUUUGUUUAA